CCUUCCUGGAAUUACUUUUUCUACCACCUCCCGAAGUUUACUCAUUGUCAGCUGUCACUUAGCAGUUAACACACCCAUUAAUUCAGAUUGCACCAGAAAGCACUAACCGAUUGUAAAACAGUGAAAACGUUGGGGAACCAUGUCUUCAAACGUGAAAGUAUGCGACAUCGAAGAUGAUGUCAAAGAGGAAUUGAAAAAGUUUCGAUUUCGCAAGAACAAAAAUAAUGCUGCAUUGAUUCUUAAAGUGGUCAGAGAAAGGCAGAAAAUUUGCAUUGACGAGCUGCUAGAGGACAUUACAAUUGACGAGCUACAAGACUCGCUGCCGGGCCACCAGCCAAGAUACAUAGUAUAUAGUUACAAAAUGGAACACGCGGAUGGGAGACUGUCUUAUCCGAUGUGUUUUAUCUACUAUACUCCAAGAGAUAGCCAAAUGGAACUGCAGAUUAUGUAUGCCGGGACAAAGUUAGCACUUCAAAAGGAAGCUGACCUCACUAGAGUCUACGAGGUACGAGAGUUGGAUGAACUCACAGAAGACUGGCUUAAAGAAAAAUUAAGCAGAUAAAUAUCAACUUGUGUAUAUAGGUACAAGCGAUUUGGUGGUUUUUGUAACCAGAAAUCAAGUCUAACUGUCCUGUCUCCCAAGACUGUAGAUACCUUUUAAUAGUGUGCUUAAUUUCAUAUUUUUAUAAUAUGCGAAUGCAUUGCCUCGCAACAAAGAAUGACAGUCACAAGCAAGCUACAGAAUUUCUGUCUGGAGCAUUUUUUGCUUUCAUGAUUUUUCACAAAAAUUUCCUAAAAAUAUUAGGAAAAACUGACUGAUCAGUAGCAAAACAUAUGACUUUGUAACAUCAUUCCACUGUGAGAACUUAGAAAGUUCAUAUCUUUGGCUUGGGAAUUCACAAAAUAUUUAAUGCUAAUGUUAAUUGAGGUGACCUAGCAAGUAUUGAAUCAUGUUAUACAAAACUGUUAAUCCAAUGCUGUAAUCUAGAAAUGAGACCCAGUUUAUUUCUUUAAUUUAAAAAGGUUUAGGGUAUAUCAUUUUCUUGCCAAACAUCGCUUUAGUUUUAAACUAUAUCAAAUUUAAUUAUUAAUCGUCUUUUUCAAAAGCUUUUUUCUCUUUUUAUACGAAGUACUCUUUAUUAAAGAAUGUUUUCGGUGUGUGCACGUGUAUGUGUCAUACACGUGUAAUUGUUAAUGAUAAGCCUAUUGGAGACAUUACUCAUUCUAUUUGCGAUGUAACAAGCAUAAAGUGCUAGUCAAUACAAUAGAAUACGACAUAAAAAGUUGGAGCUGAUUUUGUCAGUCGCAAAAAUAGAAUAUCACUUUCUUAAAACGUGUAGUUUCUAUACUGUGAGGAAUGCAAAACACACAAAUCUGCCGACAUUCUAGAUUUUUCAUCAUACAAAGUAUUAAUAUAGUGUCACUUGUAAUUUAUAAAACUUUUCACUUAAAAAUUUGUUCAUUUAGUUCCUGGCUUCACUAAAAAUCAACAUUUUCUAAUUCUUUGUAUAUUAAUACUACAGGUGUAAUAUUGUGGCAGCAGACUGGAAAAUUGAGAAACUAAACGCACGAUUGAGGUAGUGAUAAGAUAAAAUUAAGUAACCCAAAUAAAUACCUACUUAUUAUUAACACCUUUUUCACUCCACCCAAAAGUCAAACGAAUCAAUGAAACUUCAAGGAAACGAAUGCAAUGGUACAAAAGAAAUGCUUUUCAGACAUUCACCAAAUUACGCACGUUACACAAUUAAUUAUUUAUAAACACAAGAAGUUCUCCAUAUUUAUACACAUUUUACAUCGUUUCCAUUCAAACAGAUGUGUUGCCUGAAUUUAUUCGCACAUAAGACUUAUUUAAUACUAAUCUCUAGUGGUUAGUUAGAUGUUAAAAUGGAACCAUGAUCAUGAUUGCUGACAAUGAGAUUUGCUCAUUGAAUGAGGGAGCUGAUCAUUCUGAAACAGAAAACAAAAAUUCGAUAUUUUAAGUAUUCAUAUACACCUAAAUAAUAUAUGCUAAACAAAUAUAUGCAGCUAUAAAUA